AUGGAGGAAUCAACUCCUAAAAAGGUUCAUCCUCGAAAAUUGAUUUGCCGGCUUUGCUGCGAUGCAUUUGAGAGCCGUCACUUGACUCGUGUUUUCGGUAGAGCGAGUAAAAAGGAAGGCAGUAAGGAAGAUCUUGCCUCGAAGAUUCGAAAUGUGUGUGGAAUCGACAUAACCGAAAGUGAUUCCCUCUCGACGCUUAUAUGCAGGAAGUGCGAUGGAUUUGUGUCCAGGGCGAGUGACUUCAGACAAAGGUGCAUGCAAAUGCAAAUACAGCUGGAACAACAGUGUUCAGUGAAGCGUUGUGUCGAGCUGUCCCCAUCGUGCAAGCCGCCUUCAAAGCGCUCAACCAGCGAGCUCCGUCGUUUCGCAGAAAGCUCUUCCAAGCAACUCAAUUUCGGAGAGGCUCCAGCUCAAGCCAUACAACCAGAACCCAUGAGAGAGGCUAAUCAAUCGUUUCUGCCUCUAGCAUCUGUUCUUCGGGAUGAAACACCUUCGCUGCCCGACGCUUCCAAACUCAUCGAUGGUGACACUGAAGAAUUCAUUCGGGUAGCAAACACACAACCAGCUGUCAUUGCCGAUGUCAUAAAGCAACGUUGCCCGAGUGUGAUUGCAGCCCUAAAAUUGGCCAUCAAAGAGUCCAUCAAAGAUGAAAUAGCCGCAGCUUGUCAAACGUUAUGCAGACGCUCCGAUGGCUCGGUUUUAUAUAGCAACAGGAACAGCUUCGAGACUUUGAAGGAAUUUGAUUUUGAUCGCGUUUGGACAGAAAUGAAAACUAAUGUGCCCUUUUUCAUAGAGAUAAUGAAUGCCGUGUCUGGAAAGAACUUAGGAAUGGAAAACACCGAUCUUGAUGUGCGUGUCAAGUUCUGCUUUCUGUACUCGGUUCUUAUGAACGAAAGAUGGCAUGAACUGAGUCUCUUGAAACGCGUUAACACAAUACUGAUUAUUGAGGGUGGAUGUACCAAGAAGGUUUGUACUGUUUUUGUGUAUUUGUACAGGUUCAUGUGGAGGUCUUGCUCUUCGCUACCCAAUUUUGAAAGAAGGCACAAUUUUUGAGACUUUGUAAACAUCCAGAAUGAAAGCCCAAAAUACACACCAAUUGUAUUAUUUGUAUGAAAACAGUCAGCAUGAAAUUCUUUAUCUAGAAUGUUCAUAAUUGUGUUUGGUGGAAGAUGUGAGACGAAGGCAUGCUUACCACAUUUUAAAUAGAUGUAAGCUUAUUAUAUUUGAGUUUGAAUUUUAAAUCUGACAAGCUCAUCAAGUUUUGCACCCAUUACUACUGCCACUCAAUACCCAGCAACCUCCCUUCCAAUCGAAUGCACUCCCCCGAUUUCCAAUUAUUAUUACUAGUUUACAUAAAUUACCGAUCUAUUUCAUACGUACCUUAACUGUGACAUUUCUUAUAUUUUAUUCAAAUCCAUACUUCCUUGAAUAUUAAAGUAGUAGAAAAUAAGAACCUGAUGGAUGGACUUCUGACUAGAUCAUAAAAUUUCAAACCAGUGCAUUAGUCCCAUGCAUUUUAUUGUGUUGUUGCAUGAAGUUCAACAGUAAUUUGUUGUGUUGUUCUUGAUUUGAUUUUGUGUCAGUGUAAGCUUUAAAGAUGCUAGACGUGUAUGUGAGGAUGGUUUUGUCUCUGUGUGAGAUUACCUUGUUUGUAACAUUUAAGUAUUUUUUCAUUCUAAUGAACUUCAAUGUCCCAUUUCUAUGCAGCUUCAAGAACGAUUGAACAGACUUGGUGUUUGUCUAUCCCAUGGCAGACGAGAUGUUUUGCUUAAACUUCUGGGUGGGCACUUUGCAGACAAAGUAGUUGAACGUGUAAAGUCUGGAAGCGUCUUCAGAGGAACAGGUGACAACUGGGACCUGAAGGUAUUAAAGGGGCACAUGAGAAAGGACAUUCAGAAUGAAGAUCUUCACCUGUUUGCCUCCAACCUUAUCGAGAAUAGAGUGAACUUUGCACAUCUGCCAAAUGACCAUCCAAAAGCUGACAUUGUCUGUUUUCCACGGCACAAAUUUUCCUUAAAUGUUGGCGAAUGGAAAAUGUAUGCAGAUUCUGCGAAAGUACUUGUUGGGAGAAUCAUAUGUGAAUUCCUGCCCAAAUUCAAGUGGAUCAAGUCAGUGCUACCUGCCCACAUUCCUCACAGGUACUCUAAAGAAAUGGCAAAGAAGUCAACCAUUGUGAGCUUGCCUAUAAUUGAUGCAAAUGAGGCUAAAUACGAGGACUGUGUCCACAUUCUGAGAAGCUAUGAAAAGUGGAUUGCAGAGAUUUAUGUCAAAGCAGGUUUACUUGAUGCAGUUCCCGAAGUUGACAACCCUCCAGUACCGGAUGGGCCAGCAGCACCAGGGCAGCCUGACGCACAUAGAGAAGACACCCCUGGUGAUCCCAUGCGUGAAAUGAAAAUGGCAUUCGCAGGGGAUCAGUUGACUAGAGUGAGGUUCGCUGGUGCAAAAGAUUUGUUAUCAGGGUCACAUACUCCAUCAGACCGUUUUGAGCACUGCUCACCUUUUAAACCAGUCAUGUGGCACACAAAGGCAUCACUGCUUCAGUAUUCAUAUUCAUUUCUUCACAAGGCAGAAUCUGUAAACCAAGUGGGAACCCUCAAGUAUUUCAGAGAAAAAUUUAAUCGUCGUAAUUCAACCCCAUCAAAGGUGCUAGACUCUUAUGAAGGGAGUGAAGAGUUGUUUAUCAGUGUUGGGCGUGCUUAUAUUAUUUCUGCUGCUCUUGCCUUCUUUGGAAUGUCAACUGUUGAAGAUCUGCCCUCUAAAAAUACAUUCCCUGCAAACAUUCGCCAAGAAACUUUGGAAAACAAAAAAAAGGCAUUUGAUGAUAUUUUUGGAAGAUUCAUGGAUGAGUUUCUUUUCCAAAAAAAUGCUAGUGCAGAUGUGAUUGAGGAGGAUGAUUUUGUGACAAAUUAUGGAUUGUGUUUCAUCUUCCUCACCAUUCUUCUUCUGCAGAUGAAAGACACUGCAGCUGAGGCAGAUGGAGAAAGAAAUUUGAUUAAUCAGAAGUUGUUACUGUCUGUUUUUAAGUCAAUGGGGACUUACAGCAAAUACGCCAUUGAAAUGUUUAUCAGUAUUGCUCAGAUUGAGUGCAUGUUAACCCCACGUCUUGCCGAAGAAUUUAAAUGGGGCUUUUUUGUCAACUGGAGAGGUGGUGAUGGCAAGAACAUUGAAGAUGAUCUUGCCCAGGAAAUUCAAAACAGGCUGAGCAAGAGCAUUGUGCAGAGAAUGGGGCCAAAUAAAACCCUGCAGUCAAUCAGCAAAGUGUGUAAAGCCACAAAUGGCAUCACAGAAGUUGAGGAGCAGUUUGACAGAUCAGUCGGCUUGCACAAGUCUUCAGUGCAGCACACCACAAGAGACUCGCUGAAAGAUGAACUCGAAAUGAUCAAUGAUCUUAUGGCAUUGAAUCCAUUUAAUAAAGUACCAGAACGAUGCCAUGACAGCUUUCCUGACAUCAAAAGAUGCCCAUUGAGAUACUUAAACAUUGUAGAGUUUCAUCAGUGGUUGGACAAACACAAACAGGAACUGUCCAAUAGAACAUAG